AACCUAGAAUCACUCUAUCUCUUAUAUGCAAGCUUACAAGAGUGACAUAUAUGGAUAACCAUGACUUUCAUAUGGGAAAAGAUGCUCUAAGUAGAUUGUCUAUGGGACUAGAUCCACAAGUCCAUAAAUCCAUCGCCUUUAAAAGAGAAGUUAACACAACCUGGAGGUAGUAACAAAAUCUAAUUAUCUCUGCUUGAUCAUUUAGAAACAUGGAGCUUUUUCCUUAUUGUUUCGUCCUGCUACUUUCUCUCAUCAUCCUUCCUAUAUACUUCAUCCUUAAAUUCAGUCAUCACAAGAAACAUAACAUUCCUCCUGGUCCUCCAAAGCUUCCAAUCAUUGGUAACUUACAUCAACUAGCCAAACCUCCUCAUCGCAUUCUACACAGACUCUCCCAAAAUUACGGUCCGGUCAUGCUUCUACAAUUAGGCAGUAUACCUACACUCGUAAUCACAUCGGCCGAGGCUGCGGAACAAGUUUUAAAAACACAUGAUCUUGAUUUUUGUAGUAGACCUCCCUUGGCGGGUCCGAAACGUCUUACUUAUGAUUUCUUAGAUAUUGCUUUUGGCCCUUAUAGUGUGUAUUGGAGAGAGAUGCGAAAAAUAUGUGUUCUUGAACUUUUUAGUACCAAAAGAGUCCAAUCUUUUGCGUUAAUCAGAGAGGAAGAAGUUUCAGCUAUGCUGGAUUCUAUCUCUUCCAAUUCCACUGAUCCUAUUGAUGUUUAUAAAAUGUUGAUUAGUGUAACAGACAAGAUUCUAUCAAGGGUUGCUUUUGGAAGGUCAGGCAGAGAUCAUUUCAGCGAAGGGAGACUUCACGAAAUCCUUAACGAAGUCUUGGCGGUAACAGAUGGUUUUUCAGCGUCUGACUAUUUUCCUAGUGUAGGUUGGAUUCUUGAUAGGAUCACUGGAGUCCAUGGGAGGAUUGAGAAAUGCUUUCAUGCUUUCGAUGAAUUCUUUCAACAAAUCAUAGAUUUGCAUCUCGACCCGGAGGGACAGAAAUCGGAGCAUGAAGAUCUCAUAGAUGUUUUGCUGAAAAUCGAGAAGGACGGAACUAGUGCUGUUCGUUUAACUAAUGACCAUAUCAAAGCAAUUCUCGCGGAUAUAUUUGUUGGUGGAGUAGACUCAUCUGCUGUAACCAUGAAUUGGGCAAUGACGGAACUAAUGAAGAAUCCAGGAGCAAUGAAAAAAGUACAGGACGAGAUUAGAAGUCAUGAUUUAAGAAUGAAAGGAAAGAUAGAAGAAUCAGACCUUCAUCAAUUUUUGUACCUGAAAAUGGUGGUUAAAGAGUCACUACGACUACACCCACCAGCUGCACUGUUGCUUCCAAGAGAAAACACAAAGCAUCAUGUUAUCGACGGAUACGAUGUUUACCCAAAAACAAGGAUCCUAAUAAAUGCAUGGGCAAUCAUGAGGGAUCCAAAGUAUUGGAACAAGCCAGACGAAUUCAUCCCAGAGAGGUUUGAAGAUCGCCCCAUUGAUUACAGUGGAGGACACAAUUUUGAUUUUUUACCUUUCGGCCGAGGUCGUAGAAUUUGCCCCGGUAUGAAUAUGGCACUCAUAUCAAUAGAGCUUAUCCUAGCGAAUCUACUAUACUGCUUUAAUUGGGAAUUGCCGGAAGGCAUGAAAAGGGAAGACAUAAACACUGAGGAAUCGUCAGGGCUUAGUGCUCAUAAGAAGUAUCCACUUGAGCUUGUACCCAUCAAGUGCGUAUGAUGGUAAAUCUAGUUAAGAAACAAUAAAACUGGUGUCUUAUAACGUGUUAUUUAGUUUUGCUGAAUCCGCAUCAAUUGAUUAAGAAUUAAGACUUAGUCUAAGCAUAAAAUGAAUUCACGAGCAUUACAAUGAAAUUGUACAAGGGCUUUUUACAAAAAUAGGCUUGUUUUUUUGAUGCUUUUCAAAUCUAUGUCACUUUUUUU